AUGUCUGCACCAUUGCCGAUCGCCCUUGUGUUUGGUGCCGGUCAAAACGUAGGAGCUAGUGUCGUCAAGGCCUUCUCUGCCAAAGGGUACAGGGUAGCAACAGUGUCGCGGACAGCUAGAGCAGACACGAGCGACAAGCGACUCCACAUCCAGGCUGACCUGGAGUAUCCCGAAAGCGUGUCAACAGUUUUCGAAACCGUCCGCAAGCAGCUUGGCCAUCCAAGCGUAGUUAUCUACAAUGCCGCCGUGGCAUCGUUCGUCAACAAGGACAACCCAUUGGAGAUUUCUAUCAAGGAUGCCAUCCGUGAUAUGAAUGUCAAUGCAUUUAGCGCUCUCGCUGCAGCAAAGGAAGCCGUCAAGUCCUUCGACGCAUUGCCAAAGGACACUGCGAGGACCUUUAUCUUCACUGGAAACAUCACGAACAGUCAGCCAAUCCCAGCAUUAAUGAGUCACGGAAUGGGAAAGAGUGCUACUGCACACAUGAUACAGACAGCAGCGUCAGUCUAUGCGGACCGCGGAUACAGUUUCUAUUACGCAGAUGAACGCCACGCUGAUGGCACUGCUGUGUACAGUGCUAUUGAUGGAGAGGCACAUGGGAAAUUUUAUGUGGAGCUUUCUGAGAAGAACCAAGGCCCAUGGCUGGCGACGUUCGUCAAAGGCACCGGUUACACUGACUUUUCUGUGCGAUCAAACAUGUAG